UCUGGAAUCGUGUUUGCUCUCCAGUGCCGCGGAGAAGCAGUGAAUUUUGAGUAAUGUUUUGUCAUGUUACACUGAUCAUAUUCAUUCCUUGUUUCUAGACUAUACUGGUUGACUUUUUGUUCGUCAUUGACGAUGCCGCGUGGGAAGAAUGAUUUCUACUUGCGUUAUUACGUUGGACACAAGGGAAAAUUUGGCCACGAAUUUCUUGAAUUCGAAUUCCGACCAGAUGGCAAGCUGAGAUACGCAAAUAACUCCAACUACAAAAACGACGUCAUGAUCCGCAAAGAGUGUACUGUGAAUGUGUGCGUGAUUGACGAGCUGAGGCGGUUAAUUGACGACAGUGAGAUCAUGCAAGAAGAUGAUACUAUGUGGCCUCCGCCAGACCGUGUGGGCAGACAAGAACUUGAAAUCGUGAUGGGAGACGAUCAUAUAUCCUUCACAACAUCGAAAAUAGGUUCACUAGUUGAUGUGAACACUUCGAAGGAUCCAGAAGGAUUGCGGUGUUUCUACUACCUGGUGCAAGAUCUCAAGUGCUGCGUAUUCUCGCUGAUUGGUUUGCACUUUAAAAUUAAGCCAAUAUAAGUGAAUAUAAACCGAAGCAACUGGUUUUCA